CUUGCGGUAUAUGCAGGUACGUAAUUACUUCGCCUACGGAGUACUAAGAACUUGGAAGUAAUUAACAUCUCAACACCAUCGCCCGCACUUUAUGGACACAUCUCAGGAAUAAAAUAAAAUAAAAAGAGAGGAUUUUUUUUUAGACAAGACACCUAUUCUUACGAACCUCAUACAUACAUACGUAUAGGAAAACCAUAUACACAACCCCCGAAAUGUCUGUCACAAACGCCUCUCCCGCCCAGGCGGCUCAGGCAGCCAAAUCGGCCUCUCAUGUUCUGGCAACGCUUCCGGCAUCGGCUCGCAACGAUGCUCUGACGGCCAUUCACUCCAUUCUCUCCUCGUCCCGCGAGUCUAUCCUCGCCGCCAAUGCCGAGGACAUGGACCUAGCCAAGAAAGCCGCCGCCGAUGGUCAGCUCUCCUCCAGCCUCGUCUCCCGUCUUGAUCUCAGCAAGCCCGGCAAGUACGACGACAUGCUCAAGGGCAUCCUCGAUGUCCGCGACCUCCAGGACCCCGUCGGCAAGGUCAGCCUGAAGACGAAGCUCGACGACGACCUGAUCCUCGAGCGCGUCUCCAGCCCCAUCGGCGUCCUCCUCAUCAUCUUCGAGGCCCGUCCGGAAGUCAUCGCCAACAUCGCCUCCCUGGCCAUCAAGUCUGGCAACGCCGCCAUCCUCAAGGGCGGCAAGGAGUCGACCCGCUCCUUCGUUGCCAUCGCCUCCGCCAUCUCCAAGGCCCUCGAGUCGACCGCCGUGCCCAACGACGCCAUCCAGCUCGUCACCACCCGCGACGUCAUCCCCGAGCUGCUCGCCCUCGACCGCCUCAUCGACCUCGUCAUCCCCCGCGGCUCCAACGAGCUCGUCCGCUCCGUCAAGGAAGGCACCCGCAUCCCCGUCCUGGGCCACGCCGACGGCCUCUGCGCCGCCUACCUCGCCGCCGACGCCGACCCGGCCCUCGCCGCCCGCGUCCUCGUCGACGCCAAGACGAGCUACCCGGCCGCCUGCAACAGCCUCGAGACCCUCCUCGUCCAAGAGUCCGCCCUCGCCACCCCGGUCUUCACCACCGCCGCCCGCGCCCUCCUCGCCGCCGGCGUGACCCUCCACGCCGACGGCCCUUCCAAGUCCGCCAUCCUCGCCUCGGUCGACGAUGCUCCUACUGCCCAGGUCGUCGACGUCCAGGAGAGCGACUACGACACCGAAUUCCUCUCCCUCGACCUCGCCGUCAAGACCGUCGCCGACCUCGCCGCCGCCACCGCCCACAUCAACGCCCACAGCUCCGGCCACACCGACCUGAUCCUCACCUCCGACCCCGCCGCCGCCGAGGCCUUCCUCGCCGUCGUCGACUCGGCCGGCGUCUACUGGAACGCCUCCACCCGCAUGGCCGACGGUAUGCGCUACGGCUUUGGCACCGAGGUCGGCAUCAGCACGAACAAGAUCCACGCCCGUGGGCCCGUCGGCCUCGAGGGCCUCAUGAUCUACAAGUACAAGCUCCGCGGUACCGGCCAGGUUUCCCUCGCCUACGGCGAGGGCGAGGGGCAGAAACCUUUCAAGCAUGAGAAGCUUCCCCUGAACUGACCGGGGGAGGGAGGUCGAAUGAGCAAGUAAAUAGUAAAUAUAUAUGACAUGGGACAAAAGAGGACAAAAGGGGGACCGAGGGAGGUGCAUUGGCUUUGCAGAAGAAAGUAUGGCGUUCAGUAUGAAAAGGAAAAUUGGGAAGUGGGUUGAAGGCUCUAUAUCUCCAGUCACGCAGGAUGAGCUGGGAAGACUUGAUGAGAAAAAAAUGAAGCUCGUUUAGAUGAUAGCAUUGAAUGAAGACGAAAACACCACCACGAUCAUAAUCGGCCAAGAGCGUCAGAAUCAUUACCCUCAACCGGAACCACAGAAUAUAUUAAUAGACUUACACAUACA